CUCUGAUAAAAGGUAUUCUACUGGGAUAGUUUGCAGACGGUUAACAAAAUGCCUGUAAGCCUCUGUGGUACAUGGGACAUGGUCAGCAAUGUCAACUUUGAGGGAUUCAUGAUUGCUUUAGGGAUCGGCAUGUACACCCGUAAGAUCGCCCUUAAGCUAAAACUUCGCAAAGUAAUCGAGCAGGUGGGGGAUCGAUAUGUUGUGAAGACUAUCAGCACUUUCAGAAACUACACUUUCUCCUUCAGAGUCAAUGAGGAGUUUCACGAGUUCACCAAGGGAAUGGAUGACAGACACUGCAAGUCUCUGGUGGCCUGGGAGGGGAACAAGUUGGUGUGCAUUCAAAAGGGUGAGAAGAAGAACAGAGGUUGGAGACACUGGAUCGAGGAUGACAAACUCCAUUUGGAGUUGCACUGUGAAGAUCAAAUCUGCAAGCAAGUUUUCAAACGGGUUAUCUGAGGUCCUGCGGUGACGUUUACUACUUGAAAAGGCGCAAUGCUGUAAACAAAGUUGUUCACACUUCUAAGUCAGAGGAUUAUGAGGCGAGAACAAGAACCAAGCGUUUCAACUUGUGCCUCAAAACCUGACUAAUCAAUUACAAGGAGCGAGAGGCUUGCAGACUGAGGCAGGAUGUCUAGGAGCAUGAUUUAUAGUGCCACUAGAGGGCGCAAUAAGACCACGAACAGACCGAACUCGGGACAACAGCAGUUUAGGCACUGGAGACACUCGCUGCAUGUUGUCAAUAGUUGUGCCACCAUUGCCUAAUCAUGUUUACAUGUAAUACAAGAGACACAUUCACUCACAUUUAGUAAUGUGUAAUGUAGGCUACUUCUGUUUUUCUCGCAAGCCAGAAUCAUUCUUUCACAAGAAUAUGACUAAUCAAGGGCCAUUCAUUUUGAAUACAUUUUUAAAAACGUUUUGUAAAACGGAUUUUUUUUCUUAAAAUAAAAGCUUAUUAAGCUUUUUUUUUGUUUAUGUAUAUUUUAUGAUAAAUAUACACACUUUUGUUAAUUCAAUUUCUUAAAUGUAACAGCUUGUUCAGUUCUGUUACUUGAAAGUCACUUAUUGUGCAAUAAA